AUGGCAGAAGAACUAGAACAGCUUUGGAAAAAACUCUCCUUCACGGAGGAGGAAGACGAAGACAUAGUCUUGGGAGAAAAUAGCACAAAAACAGCAAAAGAACUAGGCAAAAACUGCCUAGUCAUGAAGGUCCUUACCCAGCGUAGCAUCAACAUAGAAGCCCUGAGGAAAACCAUGAGGAUGCUAUGGAAGACAAACAAGACUGUUCAAAUAUCGGAGAUUGAAGAAGAACUUUUCCUAGUGGAAUUCAGUGACCCAAAAGACAAAAAGAAAAUCAUGGAAAUGUGCCCAUGGAGCUUUGAGAAAAAUUUGGUGCUUCUACAGGAGUUCUCAGGCGAACUGGUCCCAAAGGAAGUAGACCUUAAAUGGUCACCCUUCUGGGUCCAAAUCUCAAACCUCCCUCUUAAAAGCAGAACUAGGGAGACAGGCAUGGAGAUUGGCAGCAAACUUGGGAAAGUCCUUGAUGUUGAUGUCUCGGAGAAAGGCGUUCAAUGGGGACGGUACCUACGGGUUAGAAUCCAGAUGGAUGUUACAAAGAAACUUAUCCGGGCAAAGAAGGUUAGCAUUGAGAAUGAUGAACCAAGAUGGGUUUUCUUCCAAUAUGAAAGAUUACCAAAUUUUUGUUACCUGUGUGGCAAAAUCGGACACAGCGAACGCGAAUGCUCUGAAAAGGGAGAAACUAACGGUGGGGUUGGAAAAGAAAAACACCAAUAUGGGGCUUGGCUACGCGCCGAACCGGUGAAGCGUUCAGGCUUUAGCUUUGGGACACCGAACCAGAGAUCUGAUGAGUCCGAUCAGGCCCUGGGUGGCUCUUGGAAGGAAGCAAACACAGCUGACAGGCACGUGCACCAUGUGCCCCAAACUCCCUCAUUGGGUGCGGUGACAUCAGUCCGAAAAGGUGAGUUGACAACAGGCAGUAUCCCAGACCUGCCACAAGAAAAAGAUAUUGGAAAAGAAAUUGGCAAAAAGCCUGACACUGGUUUGACAAAACAAACAGUUGAGGUUCAACACGCUACGGCGUCAACAGUUCGCACGCUUGGAGAAGCUCAAAAAAUGACAGAAAGCAAGGGACAAAAUGACAACUCCUAG